UCAUCUCAGUGCGACGAGAUCCGCGAGGGAGGGGUGGGGUGAGCACUCUUCGCGGUGGUUUGGGGGCUGCUGUAGAAGGUGUCAUGGCUGCUGCUGCUGCGGAGCAUAGUUCCUCAAGCAGCAGCGAGAAGAACCUGGAGCAAAGCUCCAGCCCCCUCUUCACCCGCGAGGUCCUCUGCGAAGUCUUUCGCUCCUUGCACACCCUGACAGGACAGCUUAACCUCCGAGAUGAUGUGGUGAAAAUUACAAUCGAUUGGAACAGGCUCCAGAGCCUCUCAGCAUCCCAGCCUGCACUGCUCCUUACUGCACUUGAACAACACGUUUUGUACUUACAGCCUUUUUUAGCAAAACUUCAAUCUUUAAUUAAAGAGAAUUCAACAGCUGCAGAGAUAAGACAGACAGAAGCAGAGACCAAGAGUGAACUAAGAGCCAAACAUCCGACUGGGGACCUACAAGAUGAAGGAAAGCUCAAAGACUCUGAUUUAGGAGAUACGAAAAAGACACAAAACCAUUUUGAUCCAGAAGUAGUGCAAAUAAAGGCUGGAAAAGCAGAAAUUGACAGACGAAUAUCUGCAUUUAUUGAGAGAAAACAAGCUGAAAUCAAUGAAAACAACGUCAGGGAAUUUUGCAAUGUUAUUGAUUGUAAUCAAGAAAAUAGUUGUGCAAGAACUGAUGCUGUCUUUACUCCUUAUCCUGGAUUUAAAAGUCAUGUAAAGGUUUCUAGAGUUGUGAAUACAUAUGGACCACAGACUAGACCUGAAGGAAUUACAGGGUCAGGUCACAAACCUGCAGGCACGCUUCGAGAUUGUGGUAAUCAGGCAGUGGAAGAACGACUCCAGAAUAUUGAGGCUCACUUGCGAUUGCAGACAGGUGGCCCAGUACCAAGAGACAUCUAUCAGAGAAUUAAAAAGCUUGAAGAUAAAAUCCUUGAGUUGGAGGGCAUCUCUCCUGAAUAUUUUCAAUCUGUAAACUUUUCUGGAAAAAGAAGAAAAGUCCAACCACCUCAGCAGAACUAUUCACUGGCUGAACUGGAUGAGAAAAUUAGUGCCCUCAAACGAGCCCUGCUCAGAAAGUCAAGAGAAGCAGACUCCAUGGCCACUCACCUCCCGUGAGACCACUCUUGUCACAUCGCUUUCCUUUAAGAUGCAUAUGCUUAACUGUGUGCAGUGUAUUUAUCAACAUAAACUUGUCUGACCACAAAUAGUCAAAUAUUGCAGUGUUUGGAAACGUGUGAACCUUGACAAUAGCACUGCGUGAACUUACUCCUGUUUCAAAGGAGGCAUUUUGGAUAUCAAGCAACUUAAUUUGAAAGAACUUUUUUUUGGUGGACCACCAGAGAUUAUUAUUUUGAUAGUAGUAUUUAAAAGGACUUUAUAUUUGUAACAUUGAUUAACCAUUUUGGUUUUUUAGUUUAUAUUACUAUUUUGUACAUAGUAGGCAUUUAACAAGCAUUUAUUGACAAAAAAAUAAAACAAAAAAUAAAUAAAAAUGCUUGUGUAUAAACUUUUUAAAAUGUCUUUCUUAUUGUAAAUAAACACUUUUGACCGGUUUUAUCACCUUCUUGGCUGUGCGGCCUCGAGGAGCUUAAUCUCUUUGUGCCCUGGUUUGCUGAUCUAUAAAGGGAUUGAUGGGAGAGCCUACUUCCUUGAUGCCAUGAAGAUCAGUGAGCUGGAUUGGCUGUCCUGAAGGAGUGUCAAGUGACGUGGUAAACGUUAAUGUUGGUGUGUAAUGUGCAUCUGUCCUUGGACAAUACUGAGCCAUCACAGAAAUGCCAUUGCCCAGCUGGGAACAGCACCUAAAAGAUGCAGCUGCAGCUGUGUCCCAUCUUACAGAGCAGCUGCUUGAGAAUUGUUUGAAUGCAAGGACUAGAAUUUACCUUGGAUCACCUGUAAAAGAGAAGAGGUUAAAAACGAGUGUUACUGGAGGAAAUAUAACAUCAGUUAAAA